ACAAGUGGGGUCGUUCUUUGUGCUUUUCAGCUAUACAUAAUAUCACUUCACAACUACAAUGAGACAACGUGUCGGGAGAGGAAUUGUUGCCCGGAGAAGUGGAGCCACAGAGCAGGACAGUGACUUCCAGAGGAUACCUACAGACGAGUGAAUGCCGUCUCUGAUGUGGAGCUUGUCGCUGUCCGACGCGCGAGUGGUGCUGAAAUUUGGAUGAUGCCUGGCCAGCGACUGCAAGGCUGCCGCUCCCUGCACCUCAACGAGGACAACGGCCGCUUCGUUUUGCUCGCCAUCCUCAUUUUAGUGUACCUGCUGUGCGGCGCUGCGGUCUUCUCGGCUAUAGAGAGGCCCUCCGAGCUGCGGGCUCACGGGCGCUGGAACGGGACGCUCCUCAACUUCAGUGAGACCUUCAACAUAAGCCUGCAGGAGCUGAACUCCUUCCUGCGGGAGUACGAGGCUGCCAUCGCCGCCGGAAUCCGGGCUGACGCUCUGAGGCCAAGAUGGGAUUUUACAGGGGCUUUUUAUUUUGUUGGAACUGUGGUGUCGACUAUAGGUUUUGGGAUGACCACACCUGUGACAAUUGCAGGCAAAGUUUUCCUGAUCUUUUACGGGCUUCUGGGCUGUGCCGGAACCAUCCUCUUCUUUAACCUCUUCCUGGAGCGCAUCAUCACACUGCUGGCUGUGGUGAUGAAGGCUGUGAGGGAGAGGCGAAUCAGGAACAGCGGCCUACUCCCGCCAGGCAUCCGCCAUGACUUCUCAGCCUACUCCCUGCCAGGAUGGAAGCCCUCGGUGUAUCACGUGAUGCUGAUACUUGGCCUGUCAGCCAUCACCAUCUCCUGCUGUGCAUCAGCCAUGUACACGCCGGUUGAGGGCUGGGCUUACUUAGACUCUCUCUACUUCUGCUUUGUCACCUUCAGCACCAUUGGCUUUGGGGACUUUGUCAGCAGCCAGAGCGCGGCUUACGAAUACCAAAGCCUUUACAGGGUGGCCAACUUCUUUUUCAUGCUAAUGGGUGUGUGCUGCAUCUACUCGCUAUUCAAUGUUAUUUCUAUUGUCAUCAAGCAGGUGCUCAACUGGAUGCUGGGGAAAAUGAGCUGCCUGUUUUGCAACCGCUGCAAUAAGGCUAAUGCUUUCCUGGGCAGACGAAAUGCCAUCCGCCCCGGUUCCAAAGGUCGCCAGGGUCGGUUUGGUCAGCCGCCCGACUCAGAUGGACCUUGUGACAGUGACACAGAGGGCCGCAGAUUAUCGGGGGAGAUGAUCUCCAUGAAAGACCUGGCAGCCUCUAGCAAGGUGUCGUUGGCCAUCAUGCAGAAGCAGCUGUCUGAGUCUGCCAACGGAUAUCCCAGGACAGUAUGCGGCAGCUCACGCCAUAAUGGUUUCUCUGGGGGGGUUGGUGCUCUGGGUAUCAUGAACAACAGACUGGCAGAGACAAGUAACUCCAGGUAG